AUGAGAAUCGGUAACCCACUUCCAACUAGUUUACCUCAGGAAUGCAGGAAAGCUGCUAAAAUCUUCAAGGGCUUUGUUGGUACUUCGAAUGGUCUAGAUGGUCUAAUCCCUACUCAAGUUCUCAGAUCCGCACAUGGAUUCGCUAUUUUCACAGUCGUCAAAGCUGGCUUUCUUAUGUCCGUCAGAGCAGGAACUGGUUUAGUUAUCGCCAGAUUAUCAAGCGGUGAAUGGUCUGCACCUUCGGCUAUCGGAACAGGCGGAAUGGGCUUCGGUGGUCAAGCUGGCGCCGAAGUUACUGAAUUCAUCUUAGUCUUAAAUUCAAAAGCUGCUAUUCGUCAAUUUAUGUCAGCCGGGUCAAUCACUUUAGGUGGAAAUAUGUCAGUAGCCUUAGGUCCAAUCGGUAGAAACGCUGAAGGUUCUGGUGCCCUCAAUACGAAGGGUAAAGUUGCUGCAAUGUACUCGUACUCUAAAACCAAAGGAGCCUUUGCGGGGAUCAGUAUCGAAGGCAGUGCAAUAUUUGAACGGCAAGAUUGUAACGUAAAGUCUUACGGUAGUAACGUCACUUCCACUGCAUUACUCUCUGGACAAAUCGAUCAACCUGACUUUGCAAUGGAUCUUAUUCAAACCCUCACUUCGAGAGCUGGGGGUAUGACAGAAUAUGUCAACCGGAACCCAAGAAGUUCCUCUAUUGAUGAUUUGGAUCGUGACUUUUCACAUGAUCCUGAAUCAAAUGCAGGUUGGAGAGAAUCGGGUCGUGAUUCUGUCACUCGUAACUUUGAAUCGCCUCCUCCAUCUCGUGCAACAUAUGAAUUUGGAGAUUCGAACCCAUUUGCUACAUCUGGAAAACGCGAAGAGAAAUCCAACAUGCUCAAAAAGAGAAAAGCCGUGGCUGUAUAUGAUUUUAAACCUACCGAGGAAGGCGAUCUUGGAUUUCAAAAAGGUGAUAUGAUCAAAAUUGAAUCAAAGAUUGAUGAUGAUUGGUGGACGGGAUCUAUCGGAAUGAGAAAAGGAAUAUUCCCUAGAAAUCGACUAAAAGAAUAUUAA